AUGUCCGGAAAAAGAAUUCUCGACGCAAUUGCGUUGUUCAAUGUCUCCCGCAAUGUUGCCGUCAAGCACUUCGACAUCCGGUUUUCUCAGGUCAAGCUCUACGGCCAGACUUCUUCUGUCGUCAAAGCAUUGAAAACUCGAGCGCUACCAGCCCUGGCCACCUCUGUCUCCCGAUUUGCUUCCUCUCAUUCUCCGACAAAGCAGUCGAAAGAAGGUAUCCAGCAAGACCAUUUCUACGAUCGAUCAGACCUGAACUCGGCUGCUCAAUCUGGUCAAGCUAGUGAGCUUGAUGUUGAACAAGCGAAAGCAAAGAGAUCUCCGCUGCCUGAUGGCACAAUACCACCAGAAGGAAGUCCAAUCGGGCAAGAAACAGGUGAUGGAAUGAGUUUUGGCAAGAGACCUGCUGGAGAGACUCCGCAGCACCCGGUCGAACCAGAAGGAGCUCAAGAUCUACGUUUGAAGACUUCAGGGCAGUCAACUAUACCAGAUCCUACUGGGUCACCUCUGUCCCCCAAUGAAGCCAGAAGACUCCAACGGCAGUCCGAGGAUCAGAUACCUGCAAGAACCGCGGAGCCUCCUACCGCCGACGCGACUAGCUCGGAAUUCGGCGUUGAACAAGAGCAGGAUGUUUUCUACCAACCACCCGACAGCGUAAAGCCAGUCCUAUCUGCCCUGCCACGGGUCCGUGUGCCCAAGACAGAGAACGACGUCCAAGAAGGAGACUCCCAUAUUCCACCGGGAAUCAAUGCAGACGUAUACUAUUCCGGGUCGAAGCCACAAGCAGGGACGGUGGACAACGAGCCGAACGAAGAACAAUUAUCUCAACUUUUCCACAACCCUCGACAUGCAACAAAAUUGUUAGGCCAGAAAGCCCGGCCUAUUCCUUCUUCGCGGAGGCGAUUUCACACUGUCAGAGCCUCGCAACAAAAGGCAUCCGAUACAGACGAGGACAGCAUCAAGCAGCUGGCAGCAGACAUGGCUAAAGACGCGCAGAAGAUCGGCAGCACACAACAAGCACAAAAUGUCCAGCCGUAUCAGAUGAGGGAAUCUCGAGUUCCUUCAUCACGAUUCGGCCGUCUCUUCGAGUAUGGAGGACUCGCAGCAUCAAUGGCGUUCGGCGCGGUCAGUGAAAGCAUUACCCGAUCUGGCGGACCUCAGGGAUCAGUCAUGCUCAGUGCUGGCAACAUGGAACGCCUUGUUGCGAAGUUGUCCAAGAUGCGAGGCGCGGCCCUGAAAUUAGGUCAAAUGAUGAGCUUUCAAGAUGCCAAACUGCUACCCAAGCCCAUUCAUGACGUGCUGCAACGUGUGCAAGAUAGCGCCGAUUACAUGCCCGUGUCGCAGCGCGAUGCAGUGAUUGCCGCCGACCUGGGCCCCAAUUGGCGUGACUUGUUCGAAGAGUUCGAUGAGCGGCCUAUGGCUGCCGCCUCGAUCGGUCAGGUCCAUGGUGCCGUCCUGAAAGACUCCGGGAAGAGAGUUGCCGUGAAAGUCCAGUACCCCGGUGUCGCCGACUCGAUUUCUUCAGAUCUGAACAAUCUCUCUUUGCUUCUGACCGCCUCGCGUCUGUUGCCCAAGGGAUUGUACUUGGAGAAGACGAUAGCCAAUGCCCGUACCGAGUUGGCCUGGGAGUGCGACUACGUCCGCGAGGCAGAAGCCGCCAAAAAAUUUCGCAAGCUCCUCGCAGAUGAUACAGAGGUUUUCACUGUGCCGGAGGUCUUCGACAAUGCUUCAGGGAAACGAGUCCUGACCAUGGAAAGAAUGGAAGGAAUUGCAGUGACCAAGAUUCAGAACUUCACGCAAGAGCAGAAGGACUGGAUUGGGACCCAAAUUCUUCGACUAUGUCUGCGGGAGAUCACCGAGUUCAGAUAUAUGCAAACGGAUCCGAACUGGACGAAUUUCCUAUACAAUGCUACCACGAAUAAACUUGAGCUGUUGGACUUUGGAGCGUCCAGGGAAUACCCGGCUGAAUUCAUCGACCUUUAUGUCAAAGUACUCGAUGCGGCUUCGCGCAAAGACAGGAAAGCUUGCGGAGAUCUGUCAAUACAGCUCGGCUACCUUACAGGAUACGAGUCCAGAGCGAUGCUCAACGCGCACAUCGAUUCAGUCAUGACAUUGGCGGAGCCUUUCAUGGACUCUGCUCCUGAUGUCUAUGAUUUUGAGAAUCAGACAAUCACCGAUCGGGUCCGUGGCCUGAUACCAGUUAUGCUCAAAGAGAGGCUGGCACCGCCACCCGAGGAAACGUAUAGUUUACAUCGGAAGUUGAGCGGAGCGUUCCUUCUGUGUGCCAGACUGGGCAGUCGGGUUCAAUGUAAGGAUAUGUUUCAGAAAGCUCUUGUCAAAGCUGGCAUACGGUAA